UAUGGUGACAGGCUAAAACAACUUAGAAGCUAUUGCCAUAGCAACAUGUAAACAAAGCAUAUGAGAGGAAAUGUCAGCCAGGACAGGAGACUCAGCAGAGGAGAAGGAGGAGGAGCGCGAGGAAAGGAGGAACAUUGAGGAUGAGGACUUUGAAGAAGCGGUGAAGGAGGCCGCCUCCUCUGCUGUUUCCAGGAGAAAACCUCUCGAACAGCAGAUCAUCCUCCACAUCCCAGAGGCAGUGGAUGAUUUCCUGAGGAACUUCCUCCGUAAAGCCGGUCUGAGCCGGACUCUGAGCAGCUUUGAGGCGGAGUGGUAUGUCUCGGCACAGAGACUCCUUCAAGAAACCCUGCCGACAGCAGCACCGGGCACCUUCUUCAUCUCCGAUGCGAACACGCACAGACAUCUGCUCCAGAUGGAGCUGGACUCGGUCCGCAGGGACACAGACCUGUUCAGGAGGGAGGCCAUGGCAGCAGCGGAGAGCCUGGUGAGGAUGCAGAGGGAAAGGGAUUUCCACCGGCUGCAGUAUGGAUGUGUUGCACAGCAGAAGAGCAAGCUGCUUAAUGACUACAAACAGCUGAAGAACCACUUGCAGUCCUACGAGCCCGUGCUGAGGCAGGUGGAGGACAAAUACCAAGCAGCUCUGAGGCAGAAAACACUCAUCAGCUUACAGAAGGACCGACUUCCAAACUCCACGGUUCCACAAGUCAGCCAUGAACAAGCCCAAGGGAAGAAAGAGUCCAAGGCGGAUUAAAGCUGCUGCCUGCUCGUUUUAAGCCUCUAAAAUAUGAAAUAAAUUCUUUGUAAAUGUUU